AUGAAAAGGGAGUCAACUGUGGGUCCUGAUAAGUAUACUUUUCCCUCUUUGAUUAAAGCUUGCUCUAAUGCAAACGCUUUGAGGGAAGGGAGGAUUAUUCAUGGGUUGAGUGUGAGGUAUGGGACGGAGGGUGAUGUGUUUGUGGGCUCCAGUUUGAUUGAUUUGUAUGGUAAGUGUGAGGAGAUUAACUCUGCACGCAAGGUGUUUGAUGGAAUGAGCGUGACAAAUGAGGUCUCUUGGACGGCUAUGAUGGUUGGAUAUUUAAAUUCUGGAGAUUUGUUCAAGGCGAAAUAUCUAUUUGAUGAAAUGCCUGUGAAGAGCUUGGUUACGUGGAAUGCCAUGAUUAAGGGGUUGGUGAGGUUGGGUGAAUUAAAGAGUGCUAGGACUUUGUUUGAUAAGAUGCCUGAGAGAAAUAAGGUCUCUUUUACAACAAUGAUUGAUGGGUAUGCCAAGGCUGGUGACAUGGCUGCUGCAAGGUUUUCCCUUCAUCCACCACCCUUCUGUUUGGAGGAUUCCGAAAGUCUACCUCAACCCAAAAAUAAAAGCCCCAAUAAUCAGGUGGAACUUGGACUUCUUGAAGACAUUUUUAUAAUAAAUGAGGGCAUAGCCAGUAAGAAGGGAGACAUUCUUUUAUGUUCAGAGGCCCCGAAUUUUGGUCCAUGCUGUAAGAAAGGCAGCAUAUUUUACAAGUUUCAUGUUGAUGUUGUUCAAAAGGCCUUUCUUAUUCUGAUGGCCUGGCUUGGUCAACAUGGAUCUUCGCUCAUGGGGCCCUUAUAG